AUGUACCGGCAAAACUCGGCUCCCAGUCUUGCCGAGCGGCUGAAUAGCCGACGACCCAAACGAAAUGGGGAGGUUGGACUUGGUGGUUCCAGUCUGCAUGCUACCAGACCGCGCCAUAAUAUGGUUGGAUCCUCGUCGAACGGUUUGGCCAGGUCGCCUAACAAUAAUAAUACUCGUAAUAAUGCGGAUGACAAUGACGACAAUCCGAAUGAUGACAAACUCCGCCAAAAGUUACUGGAGCAGUUACAAUGUCUGGGCAAGCAUUUGGCCGGGAAUGUGGUGGAUUUUCUGAUUGAAGAAGUCGAAAAGAAAAUUCUAAAUGACUAUGCCAAGGCUGCCAUGGGAGAAGAAUCAAAUGCCGGAAUGGAUGACGACGAAGAGGAAGAAGAGUCCAUGGGAGAUUCUAAUUUGGAUAUUCUGCAGUCGUCGGACGAGGAAGAAGAGGAGGAACAAGAAGAAUCAGAAGUAGUAGAGGAGAAUGCUUUCGAGGACGAAGACGAAGACGACGAAGAGGAAAUGAAAUUUUUCGGUCGUCCUGCCAGGGGAGGUGGUGGGCUUGGGUCAUUAUACGGUAGUGGUGGCAGGGGCAAUCUCCAGAAUCCUUCUUCUUUGGGGAGAGGUAGAAAAGGCGGGCUAUAUGCGGGAGGCGAUGAUAGCGAUUCAUCCCUGGGACUUGCCGUUGGUGGGGGUGGACCAAAGCCAAGUAGGACUGCUGCUGCCAGCAAUAGCCGAAACAAUGGAGGGCUCUACGGUGGUGGUGGUGCUGGAUUGGGUGGAAACUUGUAUGGCGGAAACAAUUCUCUUGGAAUGCGAGGAGGAGAUCAGAAAAACAAAACCAAAAAUGGUGACGUGUCUCCCAGUAUGCCUAGUCGAGGCCUGCGAUCAGGUGGAAACAGACAGCGAUCGGUCUCCCCUCGACGGAAUACUAUUCAAGGGGGCUCUUUGCAGCCACAGCAACAACAAGCACCCAAAAUUGGAGCAAAAUUUGGGCGUCGACUAUCAGCGACUGCUCUUCUGACAGAAGAAGAUGAAGAGGACGAUGACGAGGACUUGCUUCCGUCACCAGCAAGUCGCUUUGGAGCGGCAUCAGCGGAGAAUCCUUAUCGAAGAAAUGCUACACUGCCACCACGGCUCAAUGCCGAGUCACCUCCAAAUUCUCCGAAAUCUCGAACCUCAUUUUUGUCACCCAAUUCGUCUCCCAAACGUUCUGGUGGCAAAUUGGACCUCAGUAGGUUUGAAAAGGGAUCUCCAAUGGCAUCUCCCAAACGCAGCAACCAGCUUCUCAGCAUGGCGAGCUUGGAUCAUUCGGAUAAAUCAAAUGACGGAGGGGGCACCCCGGAUUAUCGACGAAAACUUGCAGGCAACGCCAAAAGGCCCAGCAGAUUAUCCAACUCGGACGAUAGCCUGUCGCCCAAGCGGAACAGUCGGAAUAAAUUGGGCUCGUCCCCGUCGCCCAAGAGAGAAAGCCCCAAACCUGCCGUAAAGGCUCCCGGCAAAAGAGCCCAGAGGCCAUCGCUGAUGGUGAAACAAGGAUCUGUCCGACAAGUCAUGAGCAUGUUCGAGUCAAAGGAAAGCAGAAGGGCCGCCGGAAACAGAACUGUCAUGCCGCUAUUGCGGGAGAGCUCGGUUAAACAUAUUAUGGACUCGCUGGAAGAGGAUCAAGACAAAAAUCAUCAGGAUGGUGCCGACAAUCCAAACGAAGCGCCAUCUGACUUUCAAACGCCUCCGAAUAUGCCAACACGCACCCGUACACCUCCUAAAAUGCCUUCCAGAUCACCAAAUCAGUCACCCAAGCGAGGAGUUCAGCGCAACACCAGUGGAAUUCGAAUGCAGCGCUUUUUGGAAAAGAAAUCCAACAAUGACCGGCCGAAUAGUGGAGUAAAAGCAUUUCUUUCCAAGAAGGGAAGUGGCAGCUCCAAUGGAAGCAGUGGUUCCAUUGGCCGGAAUAAACCCUCUCUCGCGCGAAAGACCAGCGGGGGAAAACGGGGCGUGGAACGAACUGCUAGUGGCAUGAGACGAGGGGGGCGUCCAGGUUUGACACGACAGUUUAGUUUCGGCAGAACCAAGGGGACGGCCAAAAGUAGCAGUUUUGGAAUGUUCGCCCGUGACAGCGUCACCAACAAGCUCUCCAACGAAACGCGAAAACAAAAGCGAAUAUUCAAAACCCAAAAUGCUCUUCGCAAACUCAAAAGAGCGACCGAACACAAAUCAUCAGGUGAUAGUUCCGAGGGUUCUGACUCACAGCUCGACGAGUCCAACUACGACCUCGACAACUUGCUUGGAUCGUCAGUCACGAUAAAGGUACCUCUGCCUUGCGGGGUGAAGCAUCACUGCGCACUGUUGUUUGUGGACAUUUCGGGAUUCACAAUGCUUUCGACUCGUCUCAAGGUCGAGCAGUUAUCAAAGACAAUCAACGCUUACUUCCAGUUGAUUGUUGAGCACAUUGAGGCGUUUGGUGGAGAUGUCCUCAAAUUCGCUGGUGACGCUGUGUUUGUGGAGUGGCGAUCAACUCGAUCGUCCUUGUUGGCAACUAGUCCGCAUGAUCCACACGAUGGCAUGUACGGAGGCGAGGGUCUGGGGGAUGAGAAGGCUGUUAUCACGGCCGCAGCUUGCGCCGCCCGCAUCAUUGAUAAGUGUACAGACUACGAGGUUAUGGACGAAGAUGGCAAGAAGGUUGCCACACUCAAUCUGCAUUGUGCUAUCGGUUACGGCGAAGUUAUUGGGGUUCAUCUUGGUACUAUCGACAGAAUGGAAUACUUCAUCAUUGGGGACCCCAUCAAGCAGGUAGCCACAGCGAUGGAUCUCGGGAAAAUGGGCGAGGUUGUGGCGUCGCCGGAAUGCUUGAAGUAUCUCGAAGGCAAACCAGCUUCACAACCUAAAGUCAUUCUGUCCAAGUCCAACAAGUUUCUGAAUCCGAAGCUAAUGCUGGUAAAACCCGAGAAGAGAAAGAAAAAUCAAGGGAAUUCUUUUGGAGAUCGCCUUGAUGAUUGGGACGUGCUGGCUUUGAAGAGCCUCCAAAAGCUCAUGUCGCCGUAUGUACACCCGGUUGUUGUAGACAACCCUUUGUUUCGGAAAGGGUAUGGUUCAACACAGGACAGAUUCACAGCGGAGGCAGAGAUCAGAGAUGUGUUUACCGUCUUCAUUCAACCAAUGGUGUCAUCGCAGGUGACAGGAAACGUCAGCGAAGACUCUGAAGUGUUAGAAACCCUGCACAACAUCAUGGUCAUCGUCAACAACGAACUGCGAAGAUUCAAAGGCCAAUUGAGACAGUACACUGUUGAUGACAAAGGGAUUGUGCUCAUCGCCAACUUUGGGCUUCGUGGUUCCACGUUCCCAGAAAUGGUUGAGAGGCUUGCCAUGCCGUUUGCUACCAAUGUCCAACAAAUCCUGAAAACCAAGCUGGAUGUUGAUACUGUCAUGGGAGCAACUUACGGGAAAGCGUACUGUGGUGUAGUAGGGGGUAUCGCUCGUCACGAAUACGCGGUCCUUGGGCCUUCAGUCAACUUAGCAGCGAGACUAAUGGCGAACAAAGCCAAUAAGGGUUUUCUGGUGGACGAGGAAGUAAGGAGAAAAGCGAGCAACCGUGGCUUUGAAGGUCUCGCGCCUGUCAAGGCAAAGGGCUACAAGCAACUUGUGCCAAUCUUUGAACCAGUACUUCAGCAUAGACGAUCCUGGGGCGCUCAGGGAACCGACUUUGUUGGUAGAACAUCAGAGAUCAAGCAAAUGUUGAAGCUUGCCGAGGAUGUAAUCGAUGCUGGAGCCUCAACUCCAAUGGUUUGGGUUUCUGCGGAAAGCGGAUACGGAAAAAGUGCUUUGUUGGCCCAUGCCACUGAGAAAGUCCAAGAUUUGUGCUCCUCGAAGUCGGCUACCCAUAUUAUCCUUUGCCACGUGUGUUCGGACUCGGACUCAUUUCAGCCUCUUAGCGUCGUCGGUCCCCUCUGUCUCGAUAUUCUGGCCUUUGUGAGGAGAGACAAAGAUGAGAGUCGCUACAAGAAACCAGAUGGCUUCAAUGCGAUUGCUGCGUUGGCUAAACCUGGAUCAGAGCAUUCGCCGUUUCAGAUAUUGGGUGCAUGUCGCGACGCGGAGAUUCCUGAUACCUACAUUCGUCCAAUCUGCAGCCUGUUGCUAAAUCACUCCUGGCCGACGGAAGUUGGUGACUGCGAACGCGACGCACAGAUUUCUGAAGUUGCACGGUACAUCGUGACGCUGUUGCUGCAAUCCACAAUUCAUCUUGAUCUGGUGGUUUGGGCUGUCGAUGAUAUCCCCCAUGCAGAUCGCGGUUCCUGGAAAGUGCUUGAACUUCUGCAUCAGUACUCUUGCAAUUUCCUGCUGCUGAUGGCAUCAAGACCAGUAGCAGGAACGGAUAUGAAUGUGGAUAUUCAGUUUUGGGAACGUCUUCAGGACCAGGGGGAGAAUGACGGAUCAUUUGCCCAUCUCGAGCUACGUGCCAUGACAAGGGACGAUUUAGAUUUGCUUGUGAGGAAGUUUGCUUCGAGCAAGGGUUGGGAUGCAAAUGUCGAUUUUGCAACUAUCACAAAAGAAGUGUUUGUUCAAUCCGGAGGAGUGCCUCAUCUCGCAGCGCAAAUACUGGAGAGGAAGUCUUCAAGAAUAACAGGCAAGGGGGACUCAGGAUCGCGAAGCCCUAAGUUGAAUGGAAACAAGAAGAAGAAUUCUGCAAACUCGCUGGACCGGCUGACGAUGAGCGCUGCCAUCCGCCAACCGUCCUUCGCAAGCUUGGGAAGUGGGAGUGCCCACAGCGGAACUUCAGGUAUGGCUCAAGUUGGCGAGCACAUGAUGCAUCGCAUGGAUCUGCUGUCGCACGAGGCUCGGACGCAUAUCAACCUGGGAGCAAUUCUUGGACCGGCGUUUGAAUCUGCUGAUGUUGUUUCUGUCAUGGAAAGGUAUCGAGGAAUCAGCGAGAGCGAUAGGGAGGGACACAAGCAAUCAGUGCUUGAGAGUUUGGUGCAAGCCGCCGACAGUGGCAUAUUGGAAGAAGAUUUGACUGGUGCAGGGAACAGUAUGAGCUUCACUGCCCAGGAGACCUUCUUGGGAUCAGAGAGCGUAACCUACAAGUUCACGCAUGAUGACUGGAGAAAGAAUAUCCUGAAGGUUGUCCUUGACAGCUGGAAGCGUGACAUGUACCAGUUGCUGGCGGCAUCACUGGAAGCUCGCUUUGACUUCAAGAGCCGCAGACCGGACCGCCAAAUUCGCCAACUCUUCGAUCCGUUCAAAGGUGGGAAAAAGAAAGGCAAGAACAUCAGCGUUGCCUCCGAGUUGGCUCUCAAAAUUGGAGCGAAGAUGGCCGACAAUGGGAAAGGUCGAUACAGUGUGAGAAUAUAUCAGAGGGCUCUCGACUACUGGCUCAAAGACGAUGAAAGCAACGGAAUUCUGAUGUUUGAAGAUGAAAACGAGUCAAAAUCUGAUUUGCUGACAGGCGAAGAUUUGGAGUAUGUCUUGAAACUAAAUGCCGCCAUGGGGCGAUGCUCUUUGUUGCUCAUGGACAAGGAUAAGAGCACCGGUGCUUUCCAGGCAAACCUCGAUCUUGUACCCGAUUCCAAGGAUUUGAAAGAUCCAGCAUCGCUCUUUCCGUCUUUCUCCGGCCGUUUCUACACAAACCGCUUGGCUCGAAAAAUUGAUCACGAACCAGAAACAGACUUUGUCUACAGCUUUGUAGAGGAAGCAGAAGCCCACAAGAAUCCAAUUCACCAACUACAAGCACUCGCGAUGGAAGCGGAAGUUUUUGGCAGGGCCGGAGAAUGCGACAAAGCACUCGAAGCAUGCCAGGAGCUUCGCAAUUUGUACAAUGUAGCGACACACUCGUCUCAACUGAUUGACUUUUACGGAGACGAUUAUUGCGCUCAGUGUAUUGCACAAAGUGCCAGUUGGCACUUUCAACUCUCUCAAAACGGCAAAGCCCGGGAGGACUCGCCAGGACAGGCAGGGCGUGCCCUUAGUCUCUGUCGCGAAUUCCUGCCUGUCAAGGAUAGCUCCAAGGUGAAGUGUGCUGGCUCCGCUGAUUCCGAGGAUGCUGAUGAGGAGGAAGAGGGGGGCAUCGAUAGCCAGCAAUCAGAAGAAGAGGUGGAAAAUUCCUUCAGUCCGUUCAGGUUGCUACAUAAACCCAUCACCAUCUUGAUGGAUUUGUCGUCAAGGACGGUGGAAGACGACACCGCUGUGGAGUACGCAAACUGGGCUCUCAACAGCAAGUGUGAAUUCGACAAAGCCUUCAACAUGUACACAGGCAGCAUUGGGAGAACCGCGGACUCUAUCACCGCGGAAAUCUGCCUGUACUUGGCUACAUACGAGGCCGCAGCAAGUUUCAAGAGCGGCCUCAUGUCGAAGGCGUCGUCUAUUGUCACCUCGUCUAUGAAAUUGACGAAGUACAUGCCGGCUGCGUACAAGCAAGUAAAGGGUUUUGCCUACGACAAGAAAUUCCGUGGAUUGUAG